UGUUCGGUGACCUCAAAGCAAGAAGUACUCGUAAUUACAAAAGAAAAUAUUACGAUGACAUUUUAGCAAUUAUUUAAAACAAAUACAUAAAUAUCUGUUACUUUUAAGUAAUAUUGAAAAUGCCGCGCAAACGUAUCGAAAUUGGACGUACAACUGCUAGCGCUCGAAAGCAUAAAGCAAAAAGAGCAGCAGAGACACAAGAACAAAGGAAAGCAAGAUUGGAUGCCGAGCGAGUGCGUACAGCUCUAGCGCGUUCGUCUGAGACAGAGGAGCAGCGGCAAGAAAGGCUGGAAAAGGCUCGACUACGAGCAGCUGAAAGACGUGCAUAUGAAAGAACAGAUCAGCGAGAAAAAAGACUGCAAUCCAGUCGAAUAAGGAUGGCGCUCUCCCGGGCCGCUAAAACAGAGACGCUGCAACAAAAACCGGCACGAUCUCCUGCAACAGAGAAGCAGCAGGAAAAAAGACAGCAAACCAAUCGACGAUUAAGAACAACUCCAGCCAAAUCUUCUAAAAGGAAGUAAUUUUCACAAUCUUGUUGGUUAUGACUU